CUGUCCUGAUGCUUUCUGGGUCAGUUGGCCCCAGAGUCAUUUCUUAGGCACCCACAUUGGCAAACUUCCAAGAGCCAGGUGUAGAAUAACAUGUGUUCUGUCCACUAGUCUGAAGGGCCUUUGUCCCAGUUCAUUACCGUCUUUAUGGUAACUAUGGGGUUCUCAGGUAACGCAGUGGUAAAGAAUCCACCUGUGAAUGCAGCAGAUGCAGGACAUGUGACCCCUGGGUUGGGAAGAUCUAGUGGAGAAAAUGCCAACCCACUCCGUAUUCUUGCUUAGAGAAUCCCAUGGACAGAGGAGCCUUGAGGGCUACCGUCCACGGGGUCACAAAGAGUCAGACAUGACCGAGCACAUGGUAACUCUACGGGUAGAAUUAAGUGUCAUUAAUAUUGGUGUCAUGCUUUAUAGUUUACAGAGCACUUUUACAUAGCAUCUAACUCAUAAUCAGAUUUCAGAGGAUCUGACCAAACGCAAAAUCGUCUUUUGGACAGAUCUUUUUUUUUAAGCUCCCAUCGGCCUCUCUGCACUGUGGGGUUGACUGGUGCUCAUGGAAGUGUCCAUGUCACCUUCCACGUCAAGUGUCACGACUUGUCCAGCACAAUUUAAGGCACAGUUAGGUGCUCAACAAGUAUUACUUCAGUGAUUAAAACAGGCUGAGCCCAGGCAUAAUAGUUGGAGUCAGAAGAUGUAUAUCUGAGUUCCCACUUUGGUACUUCAUCAGGUGUGCGCUUGGGCAGGAAAUGGAGUUGUUCCUCUCAUUGCCAAACUGUAAAUAGCACUCUCCACCCCUGGGUUGGGGAGGGAGGUGUGGUCAUGGAGCAGCAGGUAUGGACGAGGUGUUCGGCCAAUGGCACUGGUGGAAGGAAAGGACAGACUGAAGCUGUGUGUAAGUGGCAAUUCUCAGUUCAUAAAUCCCCAUGCUGCCAAGGUCACCAGAUGGUUUCAAGGUUCUCAGUUCAUCACUGCUCUUCUCAAUGGCUAUCUAAAAAUAUGUGAUGCGUAGGUGAAUCACAGUCUUUUGCCCUGUAUUCUAAACAGUGAUGACUGUGAGAACAGGCGUGAAGGAGCAAAGCUGUCUCUUCUGCCCCUUGCCUGGACCCCUGCUCUUUCAGAAAUUCGCAGUCUCCCUGGGAUCGAUAUAACAGUUUCCUCCAAGGAUUGGCAGUCUCUUUCUCAAUGAGAGAUGUAAUUUCCUCUUUAAAAAGGGAUUGGGUGAAGGGCUGCUGAGAAGAGGGUGUGACCUGAAUGUCACUCAUUAGCCCAGGACGCAGGGUUGUUCUUCAAAGAAUCUGUUCACAGAACUGAGCCGAAAGGAGGAGAGAAGAUCUGAGAGCUGGGCUUCUUGGAAAGGGAAGUCCAGAAGCCCGCAAGAGGCCAUGCAUGGUCCAGCUUCUGUGUAAGACUUGGCUGCAGUAAGGUAGAGAAAAAGAGCUCGAAACAGGAAAGUUUUCCAGGAAGUAUACAGAGUUUCCUGCAUCUUCCCUCUCCUGUCUCCUGUAGGACAGCUGUGUGGGGAAUCCAAACCGUUUGAAAGAUGACAGCCAAGCAGACAGAGCCAGUCACUAUCAUUAGCCUUCAGGAGCUGAACCUAGGGACCCCAGAGCCACAGCCGAGAGAGUCCAAGACGUUCACCGUGGAAGAAGCCGUGGAGACCAUCGGAUUUGGACGUUUCCACAUUGCCCUGUUUCUGAUCAUGGGCAGCACAGGGGUUGCCGAGGCCAUGGAGAUCAUGUUAAUAGCGGUUGUGUCUCCUGCCAUCCGCUGUGAAUGGCAGCUGGAGAACUGGCAGGUGGCACUGGUGACCGCGAUGGUGUUUUUUGGCUACAUGGUGUUCAGCGUCCUCUUUGGCCUCUUGGCUGACAGAUACGGCCGCUGGAAGAUUUUGUUCAUCUCGUUCCUGUGGGGAGCUUACUUCUCCUUGCUGACUUCAUUCUCUCCAUCGUACAUCUGGUUUGUCUUCCUGCGGACCAUGGUGGGCUGUGGCGUGUCUGGCCAUUCACAAGGGUUAAUCAUAAAGACUGAAUUCUUGCCUACAAAAUAUCGAGGCUACAUGCUCCCCUUGUCUCAGGUUUUCUGGCUGGCUGGCUCCCUGCUCAUCAUCGGCCUGGCCUCCGUAGUCGUCCCCACCAUCGGGUGGCGCUGGCUUAUCCGCAUUGCCUCCAUCCCUGGCAUCAUCCUCAUCAUGGCCUUCAAGUUUAUCCCUGAAUCUGCUCGGUUCAACGUCUCCACCGGGAACACUCAGGUUGCCCUGGCUACACUGGAACGCAUUGCCAAGAUGAACCGCUCAGUCAUGCCGGAGGGGAAGCUGGUGGAGCCCAUCCUGGAAAAGAGAGGAAGAUUUGCAGACUUAUUGGAUGCUAAAUAUUUACGGACCACGUUACAGAUCUGGGUCAUAUGGCUGGGCAUCUCUUUUGCCUACUACGGAGUCAUCCUGGCCAGCGCCGAGCUGCUGGAGCGGGACCUAGUCUGUGGCUCGCGGUCUGAGUCCGAGGUGGCCGUGACUGUGGGGGUCUUGGAGGAGAGCCAGAGCCCCUGUUACUGCCACAUGUUCGCCCCCUCCGACUACAGGACCAUGAUUAUCAGCACCAUUGGCGAAAUUGCUCUGAAUCCUUUAAACAUCCUGGGCAUUAAUUUCCUGGGGAGAAGGCUGAGCCUUUCUAUUACCAUGGGAUGCACGGCUUUAUUCUUCCUGCUCCUCAAUAUUUGCACCUCAAGCGCCGGCCUCAUUGGCUUCCUCUUCAUGCUGAGGGCUCUGGUGGCAGCCAACUUCAACACCAUCUACAUUUACACUGCUGAGGUCUACCCCACGACAAUGCGUGCUUUGGGGAUGGGGACCAGUGGCUCCCUGUGUCGCAUUGGAGCAAUAGUGGCACCAUUUAUAUCCCAGGGUCUGUGGUCACGGAGCAUUCAGACUGUGUGCCCUCAAGAUGAGUGUGCUGUGCUUGCCCAUGGACCUUGCCGCCUUACAAAUCCCAGACAUCUAUCCUUAGAUCCAGCUACCAGAAGAUACCAACGUGCUCUCUACAACCCAGAAAGAUGCUCUCCCUGCAUCCCACUGGCCAGGCCUGGUCAGGUGUUCAUACUUGAGCUACAUCAGUUGCAGCCAAAGUCAGGCUUAUGCACAGAAGCAGCUGGGCGGUGGGGGGCGGGGUGGCAGUUUUUGGAGAAAGUUUUGGGUUGACGUGGGCUGAGUAGACUGUAAUGUGUAUUUCCUACAAUUUAACACAGGAUUUUGCUACCAUUUUUCUUAAGACUAUCUUGGGCAUGUUUUGCCCUCUCAUCUUUAUUUGUUUAAAAGUUUUAUUAUUUUUGGCUGCGUUGGGUCUUAGUUGCAGCACUUGGAAUCUUUCAU